UGGAGGAUGCAAUGGAUUCCUCGUUGCCAUGGUAACUGGAUGCCCCCGCACUGCACAGCCAGGCAGGAUGCUCUGUGCACCAUGCUUCUGUCCAGGCCUUGGGGCACCUGGGUUGUUGGGGACCAUGGGGAUCCUGACCUUAGUCCUUUGGAGCUGCUCAGGACAGCCAGCAUUCCUGCCUGAGGACCUGCCUGCCCACUCCAGCUGGGAGUACCAGGGGGGUGACGUCUUCAUCCACAUGGACAGCAGCCUGUAUUCACUGCCCUGCAGCACAAUUGAACUGGAGGUGGCCAAUCCCACCUACCAGUGGGUGCGGGACAGGCCAGACCCCAAGCUGCUCUCAGUCACUGAAGAAGGACAUCUCCUGUUCCAGAACUUCCAAGCAGCUGACAGUGGCAACUACUCCUGCACCAUCUCCUACACAGAGCAUGGGCUCCCUGUGUCCCAAACUUUCCACUACAGAGUGUUGGGCUACCACGUGCUUGGAGGCCUGGAGACUUUGAUGAUCUUCCAUAGCAAGCUCUGUAAAGACGAGUGGACCAAGAUGUUCCUGUGGGAUUUACUGGAGAGGCUGAAGCAGCUGGAGGUCGAGCAGCACUGCAAGAUCCAUCCUGAGACCAGCACCUGCUUCCCCUCAGCAGACAACCCUUCAAAUGAGUUCGUUGUCCAAAUACAGCUAACAGUGUCCUUCUUCGGGCCCAACUGGGAUGAACAAUGCAAACCCCAAGGCGUGGAGGUGGACGCAGAUUGCUACCGCAGAACAGCCCAGCAGAGCCUCAAAAAGGUCCAGCAUGCCAUUACCAAGUUCUUCAAGCAGCACGUAAUCUUCCACAUCGCUGGGCCUGAUACCUCCAGAAUUGCCUUCAUCACUGUGUUUAUUGGCUUCCUGGAGAUCAAGAACUGCAGCGAGGGCUAUGGGCAGACCAAGCAGCUGCAAAGGUGUCUCGAGUGUUGCGUUGUAUGCCCACCCGGGACGUUCAGCCCUUCUACAAACACGCAGUGUUCACUAUGCCCCAUGGGCACCUACACUAUGAUCUAUGGGGCGGCAUUUUGCACUCCCUGCAAGGAUGGCAUGAUCACCCAGGGCCUGGGCGCCAGAUCCAUGACAGACUGCAUGAAGGAGGAAAGGACAAAGCAGGUUGACGCCAUCAUUCGCAAGGUCCCGAUUCUGCUCCUUAUCGUCUUGCCACUAGUAAUAGCUGCCAACCUGCUCUUCGUCUUUGCCUCUUGCUACUGGUACCAACGACAGUACCGGCUGUCAUCACCAAUGACUUCCAAGAUGGCAGGAAUCACCAAGACCAUGGAGAAAGUGACCAAGUUCUGCAGGAUCCCCAGGCAGAGCCCCCAGGCUCGUCCUUUUGCUACAGCUCUCAACAUGACCAGCGAAACUGACACAUCUCAGGAGGGUGAAGAGGAGUACCUGCAUGGAGAACUCACCCCUCCCAGGACCCCGAGCCUUGCUGCUGUGAGUGAUGACACACCUGCUGUGCUGGAACUGGAGGACAAAAUGUCCAUUUUUGAGGUUCCCUCCACAAAUGCAGGCCAAAAGCAUUGAGGGAGAACAUCCUUACAGCUUUCUGUGUGUGCCUCCACCCACUCCACACAGGCUAACAUAUCCAGCACUGAAGAACAGGGACGCAUUUCUCCUCAUCGAAUUUGUCUUCCCAAAUUGCUCUGACUACAACUAUCCCCUUUGCUAUAAAGAUUGGCUUUUAUUCA